AUGCAACGCGCUUUGAGUUCUAGAGCAAGAGCUUCGAUUCUUAACGGAUCGACAGCUUCAAAGCUUCGUCCUUUACAACAAUUGAGAUUCGCUCACAAGGAGCUCAAAUUCGGUGUUGAGGGCAGAGCAGCUCUUCUUGCUGGUGUUGAGACUUUGGCGAAAGCUGUUGCCACAACCUUAGGUCCCAAAGGCCGAAAUGUUCUUAUUGAGUCAGCAUAUGGCUCCCCAAAGAUCACUAAAGAUGGUGUAACUGUUGCCAGAGCUAUUUCCCUCAAGGACAAGUUCGAGAACCUCGGUGCUAGACUCAUCCAAGAUGUUGCCUCGAAAACCAACGAGACCGCUGGUGAUGGAACCACAACUGCUACUGUCCUUGCUAAAUCUAUCUUCUCCGAGACCGUAAAGAACGUCGCCGCAGGAUGCAACCCAAUGGACUUGCGCAGAGGAACCCAAGCCGCCGUGGAGGCCGUUGUUGAGUUUUUGCAAAAGAACAAGCGUGAUAUCACAACCAGCGAGGAAAUCGCACAAGUUGCGACUAUCAGUGCAAACGGUGAUACCCACAUCGGAAAGUUGAUUGCCAACGCUAUGGAGAAGGUUGGAAAGGAAGGUGUCAUCACAGUCAAGGAGGGAAAGACCAUGGAGGAUGAACUCGACAUUACCGAGGGAAUGAGAUUUGACCGCGGUUAUGUCUCCCCAUACUUCAUCACCGAUACCAAGUCGCAAAAGGUCGAAUUCGAGAAGCCAUUGAUCCUCCUUUCUGAGAAGAAGAUCUCAAACGUCCAAGAUAUUAUCCCAGCACUUGAGGCAUCUACUCAACUUCGCCGUCCUUUGGUCAUCAUUGCUGAAGAUAUCGAUGGAGAAGCUCUCGCUGUAUGCAUUCUCAACAAGCUCCGUGGUCAACUCCAAGUUGCCGCUGUCAAGGCCCCCGGUUUCGGUGAUAACCGAAAGUCUAUCCUCGGCGAUCUCGGUAUCCUGACCAAUGCUACCGUCUUCACUGACGAGCUUGAUCUCAAGCUCGAGAAGGCUACCGCAGACAUGCUCGGUACUACUGGAUCUAUCACCAUCACCAAGGAGGAUACUAUCAUCUUGAACGGUGAGGGUAGCAAGGAUGCCAUUGCUCAGCGAUGCGAGCAAAUCCGAGGUGUCAUGAACGACCCUACCACCUCCGAUUAUGAGAAGGAGAAGCUUCAAGAACGUCUUGCUAAGCUUUCCGGUGGUGUAGCUGUCAUCAAGGUCGGUGGCGCAUCCGAGGUCGAGGUUGGUGAGAAAAAGGAUCGAUUCGUUGAUGCUCUCAACGCUACUCGUGCUGCUGUUGAGGAAGGUAUCCUUCCAGGUGGUGGAACUGCUCUCCUCAAGGCUGCUGGCCAAGCUCUUGGAGGUCUUAAGCCUGCCAACUUCGACCAACAACUUGGUAUCAACAUUAUCAAGAGCGCUAUCACUAAGCCAGCGCGCACCAUCGUUGAGAACGCUGGUACUGAAGGAUCAGUUGUCGUUGGUAAGCUCAUGGAUGAGUUUGGAUCCGACUUCAACAAGGGAUUCAACAGCGCAACUGGAGAGUACGUUGACAUGAUUGCUGCUGGUAUUGUCGAUCCAUUCAAGGUUGUCCGUACUGGUUUGGUUGAUGCCAGCGGUGUUGCCUCAUUAUUAGGUACUACUGAAGUUGCUAUUGUCGAGGCACCAGAAGAGAAGGGACCACCAGCUGGCGGUAUGGGAGGCAUGGGAGGAAUGGGCGGUAUGGGAGGAAUGAUGUAA